AUGAAUAAAUUGGUUAAAUUUAAUUAUUAUAUAGAAUCUAAUGAAGUGCCUACAUUUCCAUGUGAUACCGUUCAAAACCUAAGGCAAGCUGUUUUAGCACCCGUGGUUUAUAAACCAAAUAUUCAGCAGGCCUUAAAACGGAUAAAUUUUGAAUUUCAUAGAACCUGCAGCUUUUCCAAUUUAGUUCGGGAAUGUAAUGUAGCGGAGGGACAAACUCUAUUAAUUUUUUGGGGGUCGAGGAAUUCUGACAGCAGGAUAACAAUAAGUAUGUCAGCUUCUAGCUGCUCGUCCCUUCAUACGUCUAACAAUGGCAACACGCAAAGGGAAAGAGAUUUGCGAUCAACAGCUCAGCAAACAGAAAUAAGUUGUCGUUAUUCACCCGGCAUCGGUUCACCAGUAAAUAUAACGGAUAGUGAAGAACAACGUCAACUUCGAGCCUGCAUCGCUGACUCUCUUACCUUCUCCUCGCCAGCCUCGUCUCUUCUGCAACCAAACAGACGCUCUGUCUCUAUACUUGGUUCCGUUUGUGCUCUAUUGCUCAAUAAACAGGGGUCGGGACCUAAGGAGUUGAGCGAGUCAGGCAGUCGUUCGGACAACAUCUGUCGUAUCUGCUUCGGCGGAGAGUCGGGUGAGAGGCUGGUGAAGCCGUGCUCGUGCCGCGGGACCAUCGCCGCCGUGCACCGCUCGUGCCUGGAGCGAUGGCUGCUGCAGGCCGCCACCUCCUACUGCGAGCUGUGUCGACACCACUACGUGGUCACCAGGAGCCACAAAUGGUCGUGGGCGCGGUCGGUGAUGGAGUGGGCGCGCUCGGGGCGCGGCGCUGCCCUGGCGGCGGACGCGUGGCGCGGCGCGGCGCUGGGAGCAGCCUCGGUGCUGGGCACGGCCCGCGCUCUGCACGCCUGUGACGCCGCGCUGCAGGCCGGGGCCCGUCGCGGGGGCGCCUCCGCUCUCGCCGCCAACCUCUUCUCCUCACUGCUUAUCGGUAUCAUUGGCGCUCUCAACGGUCUGUUGACGACGUGGAUGCUGCUAAAGAUCCAGGAGCACCAGAUGUCGUGGCGAGCGUGGAGAGACAGCACCCUGCACGUACAUGUGGCGCUGGAGGACGCCAGCACCGACGACACGGCCAGCCAGGAGACGGUGGUGGCGGAGGGGGGGAGGCAGAGGACGGACAGGGGACAGAGGCUGGGGGAGGAGAGGGACCUCACCGCCGACAUGGCCACCAACAUUACAGACCCCUUCAUGGUCGCCCUGCCCUUCACCUUACCGGACCCUUGA